AUGGCCACCUUAGGACCCAACAGGUAUCAUCGAUUUGAGAAUGCUAGUGAGACGGAAGAUUUGAAGAUCAAUAUCCAGCUUGACCCGGAGGACUAUGAGAACGAGGCAAGGUUCUUUCGGAACUUUUUUGGAUAUUUGAGUGAUUGCAAACAGGCUAAGACGCCGCCUAGUAUCUUUCAAUUGUUUGUCUUCCUACAUUCGGCGGAUACGCCAUUGGCUGUGCCUAUGCCAUUUGGACUGGAGGGCGUGGGAAUUUGGGUCAGCUGGCUGUUGAUGAUUGCGGUUGCCUUUAUUGGGAGAUAUGUUCUGGGAUAUCAGUCGAAUUAUCCGGAAUACUACUCUCCAGGUAACAAAACGAAGUAG